AUGCAGUAACUGAGGCUCAGGUCAGAUGAGAGCUCAGACCAGCAAGCCUCUGUUUUCCUCUGCCACGCCCCUGCUCAUUUCUUUCCCCUUUGGGAUAUUGUUUUCCUACCUCUGGAGGGCCUGCUCGGUGACUGUCCAGUUCAUCUCCUGUCCCGGGAACUCAUGGUCUGGCACAGAGGACACUCAGAUGUCGCCAAGGCCCAGCUAGGGCCUGACUUCGGCCCCAUGCGGCUCACCCGCUGCCAGGCUGCCCUGGCAGCCGCCAUCACCGUCAACCUCCUGGUCCUCUUCUAUGUCUCGUGGCUGCAGCAGCAGCCCAGGAACGCCCGGACCCGGGGACCCCGCCGCGGAACUGCCGCCGCCGGCCCCCACGUCACCGUCCUGGUGCGAGAGUUCGAGGCCUUUGACAACGCGGUGCCCGAGCUGGUGGACUCCUUCCUGCAGCAGGACCCAGCCCAGCCCGUGGUGGUGGCCGCCGACGUGCUCCCCUACCCGCCCCUGGCCCUGCCCCGCGUCCCCAACGUCCACCUGGCACUGCUUCAGCCCGCCCUGGACCAGCCGGCCGCGGCCUCGCGCCCGGAGACCUACGUGGCCACCGAGUUCGUGGCCCUGGUGCCCGACGGCGCGAGGGCCGAGACCCCAGGCCGGCUGGAGCGCAUGGCGGAGGUGCUCCGGGCCGGAGGGGCGCGCCUGGUGGCCGCCCGGGUGGCCUCGGCCAACCCUGCGCGCUGCCUGGCCCUGAACGUCAGCCUGCGGGAGUGGAGUGCGCGCUACGGCCCCGCGCCCCCCGCGCCCUCCGCGCCCCGCUGCGACGCCCUGGAGGGGGAUGCCGUGGUGCUCCUGCGCGCGCGGGACCUCUUCAACCUCUCGGCGCCGCUGGCCCGGCCGCUGGGCACCGGCCUCUUCCUGCAGACGGCCCUGCGGGGCUGGGCGGUGCAGCUGCUGGACGUGACCUUCCCGGCGGCGCGCCAGCCCCCGCUGACCACGGCCCACGCGCGCUGGAAGGCGGAGCGCGAGGGGCGAGCGCGGCGGGCGGCGCUGCUGCGGGCGCUGGGCAUCCGCCUGGUGAGCUGGGAGGGGGGGCGCCUCGAAUGGUUCGGCUGCAGCAAGGAGACCCCGCGCUGCUUCGGGACGGUGGUGGGGGACACGCCGUCCUACCUGUACGAGGGGCGCUGGACGCCCCCGUGCUGCCUGCGCGCGCUGCGGGAGACCGCCCGCUACGUGGUGGGCGUGCUGGAGGCGGCGGGCGUGCGCUACUGGCUGGAGGGCGGCUCGCUGCUGGGGGCGGCCCGCCACGGGGACAUCAUCCCGUGGGACUACGACGUGGACCUGGGCAUCUACCUGGAGGACGUGGGCAACUGCGAGCAGCUGCGGGGGGCCGAGGCCGGCUCCGUGGUGGACGAGCGCGGCUUCGUGUGGGAGAAGGCCAUCGAGGGCGACUUCUUCCGCGUGCAGUACAGCGAGAGCAACCACCUGCACGUGGACCUGUGGCCCUUCUACCCCCGCAACGGGGUCAUGACCAAGGACACGUGGCUGGACCACCGGCAGGACGUGGAGUUCCCGGAACACUUCCUGCAGCCCCUCGUGCCCCUGCCCUUCGCCGGCUUCAUGGCACAGGCGCCCAACAACUACCGCCGCUUUCUGGAGCUCAAGUUCGGCCCCGGGGUCAUCGAGAGCCCCGAGUACCCCAACCCGGCCCUCCUGAGUUUGGCGGGAAGCAGCUGAAGCCCUGAUCCCUGCGCCUGGGGUCAGAGGGACCGCCCUUUGUUUUGACGUUACCGCUGCCGGGCCAGGGAGACGGAGCUGCCCUGCAGGGCCUAGGACAUCAAAGUCGUGCCCGGGGCCCCAGAGCUGGGACAGUUUUGGGAAGAGAAAGAGUGUAGGUUCUGAGGCCAGAUCAUCGUGAUUCCAAACCCUGCUAAGUGGCCCUGGGCGGGUGUCCCGGUUCCUCUGUUCCUCGGUUCCCGCCAGGAUUGCGUGAGUACUCGCUUUACCCGCCAUCUCCGCGCAGGAAGAGCCCCGGGGACACGCGGCUGCUGGGGUUGCUUCUACCACUAGAGGGCGCCCUUGCCCGAUCCUGGGCCCCAGGACUUUCUGUUCGGUAGCUUUGACAUCUGCUGAGCCUUUGGGCUUCUACGCCUGGCCAGACAGAAUGACCAUCUCCCCUUCUUCCAAAAUGCCACUCGCUUCCCUCCUGGGAGAGCCCUGGAAACGGGCUCCGAGCGCCGAGGUGCGACUGGCUGUGGUUAAGAGUGGGGUUCUGGAUCCGAGCCCCAGUCCUUCUUAACUGUUACCUCAUUAUUUGAGCUUCCUGCACCUGUUUGCCUGCUUGCAAGGCACAGAAUCAAUACUCAGAGCUCACAUCGACUGAGCACUUACUGUGUAUCAGGCAUUGUUCUCGGUGUUCCACACGGACUAACUGAUCCGUCCCUCUCCUCAGCCCUCCCAAGCGAGAGCUGCUAUUAUUUCCUCCUUACAGACGAGGACACUGAGGCCAGAAUGGUUAAGUCACUUGCCAGAGGCCAGACAGCUUAGCAAGGGGCAGAGUGGGACCCUGCACCCAGGCUGUCCGUCUGGGGCCCACACUGAAGGGGCCUGUGUGCCCCGCUUGACUACUGGGACCCAAGAGGCCCCCCUGUCUCUUAGCAGGGAAGGUGGUGGCUGCCUUCCUUCUGUGGUCAUGCAUCUCAGAGUAAAUACUGUUUGGGCAUGUAACCUGACGUGUGUAUUUAUCAGUGAUAUCCAGGUACUGCUGUCAUUCUGUAUAUUAGUCAUAAGGCUUAAAUUAUUUCGUUUUUACACUCAAAACCAAUAGAGAAGUUUUGUUGACUUGCCUCAUCCCAACCACUUGGUCCGCACCCUCUGGGUGUGUGCACCUGGCUUGUGAAACCACAGGCCCUGAAGUGGGAGGCCCCGGGUUCAAGCCCCAGCGCUGCGGCUUCCUCCCGCUGUGAGCCGGGGCCUCCGUGAGUCUGCCUCUCUGUACCUCUCUGCUUUGCCCCUGGGAGGUGGGGGUGAUGAGCCUGCUCGCCCCACAGGGGGGCUCUGAGGCAGCUGAUGGGUAAAAGGGUCAGGAGUCAGGGCUGGGUUUGGGUCCUGGUGUGGCCAACUACCUUCUUUGGGACCUUGGGCGAGUCCCUUCCCCUCCGACCCUAUAGAUCGGGCGAGUGAAGAAGCCCUUACAGAAGGAGGCUUCACACACCAGCAAGAAAAGACAAAUGCAAAUUUGGCCCUGUCUCCUAAGGCUCAGAUGUCAAAGCCUGACUUCUUAGAACGCAGCCUCUGUCUUUAGCCUCUCAACGUGCAGAGAGCUCGCGAAGGGGCCGCUGGGUUCCCAUCCAUGGAGCAUUCUGGAAAUAUGGUGGCGACUUGGCUGUUACCUGUGGUUGGGCAGUGCUCUUGGAAGACAGCCCAGGGGUGGAGGAUGUCUUAUAUGCAGGGCACCUGCACACAAUAAAGCAAGGUCCCUGGUCA